AUGGCGUUGUCAGACUCUGAUGCCGAUGACUUCCAACCCGGAAAAAAGAGAAAGACUGGUGUUGAUCGGCCGGGGGGAGAUGCUCUUGUCGCAGAGGACUAUACUGUGGGCUGGGUGUGUGCCCUCCCGCUGGAAAUGGCUGCCGCGAAAGGGAUGCUCGAUCAGCUUCAUCCGAACUUGCCCUGGCAGGAUCCAGCCGACCAUAACAGCUACGUCUUGGGUCAGGUCCAAGGCCACAACGUCGUUAUCGCCUGCCUGCCUGCAGGCAUCUAUGGAACAACACCAGCUGCCACGGUCGCGAAGGACUUGCUGCGGACCUUCAAGUCAAUCCGGUUCGGCUUGAUGGUUGGAAUCGGCGGUGGUGUACCGUCGCGAAAACAUGAUAUCCGGCUGGGCGAUAUCGUGGUUAGCCAACCCGCUGAAACAAGUGGAGGUGUUAUCCAGUACGAUCGGGGGAAGACAGUACAGGAGGGAGAGUUCCAACGCACAGGAUCGCUCAACGCACCACCCCAGGUCCUGUUAGCCGCCCUGGGUCGUCUCCAGGCCGAUCACCUAAUCGAAGACAGCAGAAUCCCCCACUUUAUAUCUGAGCUUAUUAGCAAAAGCCCAAAGAUCAUGAAGAAGAAGUUCAGUCAUCAGGGCGCUCUCCACGAUUACCUUUUCCAAGUAGAGUACGACCACGUCGAUUCAGACUCUACUUGUGAUGAGUGUGAUCCUAAGCAGAAGAUUCAGCGGGAGGACAGAGACGACACGAAUCCAGUUAUUCAUUACGGCAAUAUUGCCUCAGGCAAUCAGGUAAUUAAGCAUGGAAAGACACGCGAUAAGUUAAGCAAAGACCUUGGGGUGCUCUGCUUCGAGAUGGAGGCUGCAGGACUACAAGAUUUCCCAUGCCUAGUCAUCCGUGGUAUUUGCGACUACGCGGACUCUCAUAAGAACAACCAGUGGCAAGAAUACGCAGCUAUAACAGCGGCCGCAUUUACAAAGGAGCUCCUUUCAGUCAUACCGCCAAAUAGGGUCCUGCAGGAGAAGCUUAUACCGCAGUUGGUGUCUGAUCCUCACCUUCAUAAGCUUGUUUCUAACACAAAUACGGCCAUCUCGGCACAGACGCAGAAGCAGGAGAUCAGAUAUGAGAGCCAAAAACAGGUUGAUUGCCAUCAAACAUUCAAAACGAGCGCAUAUGAGAAGUUCAAGAAUAUCAACCCUGACCGAGUCCCGGGCACAUGCAAAUGGGUGUUAGAGCAUCCACGAUACACAAAAUGGCAGCAGAGCCGUCAGGAUGACCUCCUUUGGAUUUCGGCUGACCCAGGCUGUGGAAAGUCUGUGUUGGCCAAAUCCCUUAUUGACGAGGAGAUAAAUCAAUCGAACGAGCAUACAGUGUGCUACUUCUUCUUUAAGGACAACGACGACCAAAACAGCCUCGCGACAGCCUUAUGUGCUAUUCUUCAUCAGCUUUUCUAUUAUCAACCACUCCUUAUCCGCCAAGCUAUGGCGGCCUUUGAAAAGAACGGAGAGAAACUGCAGACUGAAGUGGAUGAGCUGUGGCGUACCUUCAUAGCGGCUGGCAAGGACGAUCAAGCAGUCAGUGUUACUUGUGUUCUGGACGCUUUGGACGAGUGCUGCGUUGAUGACCGACAAAAACUCAUUCGGUUUCUAACAAACUUCCACAACCAACCAACGAUAUCGACGGGGAAGUUUCAAAUCAAGUUCCUUGUGACUAGUCGACCAUAUCAGGACAUCGAAACUGAGUUUCGUAACAUUCCUGAGCCUCAAACGAUUCGUCUGGCUGGAGAAGAGAGUAAUGCUGAUAUUAGCGAGGAAAUCAACCUCGUCAUUCGACACGAGGUAGCCACAGCCGGGCAUAAACUCGGAAUAAGUCAGGAAGUCCAAGACGUGUUGCAAGAAAAGCUCUUCGCAGUUCCGCAUCGAACAUAUCUCUGGCUUCACCUUGUAAUGGAUGAGAUUUAUCAUAGCCCAGGGUGGCCAAAACAUGCGUUCAUAAAGACGAUUAAUACUCUCCCGACCAAGGUGGAAGAUGCGUACGAGAAUAUAUUAGGCCGCCUUAACUCCAAUCAACGAGGAGAGGCGCAGACUCUUCUUCACAUCGUUGUUGCCGCCCGCCGACCGCUCACACUGUUGGAAAUGGCUGUGGCUUUCCAGUUGGCCCCAGAUUCACCAGUUGUUCAGGCACAUAAGGACCUCGACCUUAACUCCACCAAUCUCAAGCUACAUAUACGGCAGCUUUGCGGGCUUUUUGUGUUUAUCAACGACGACCGCAUCUAUCUAAUACACCAGACAGCCAAGGAAUUUCUAGUUGCACAGGAUAUUCCCGCCUCUUCAGCAGAUAGCUGUUGGAAACACUCCCUCUACAGACCAGAUUCAGACACGAUAAUGACGCAAAUUUGUGUUCAAUAUUUGUCAAUUGGGGAUACUCAAGAGGAUCGGUUCCGUGCUGAUACACAUAAGCCAGACAACAAUACAGCACAAUACCCCUUUUUGGAAUAUUCUGCAAUACACUGGCCAUCACACUUACGAGGAGCAAAUAAUCCAAAGGAGGGCUUGCAAAAGCAGAUCUUGCGGCUGUAUGACAUGCGAAACCAGCGAUUCGAAACAUGGGUCUCAAUCUUUUGGCAAACAAACUAUCCAUACCAAGUGAGGAGUGGCCUCAACAGUGUACAUCUGGCUGCAUUGAAUGGCCAUGACGAAGUGUUACGGAGACUACUUGCCUCAGACGACGCUGCGUUGAACUCAAAGGCCACAGCGGGCUACACACCACUCAUUUGGGGGUCUUUAGAGGGUCGCCAGAACAGCGUCCAGAUGCUUCUCGAUAAGGGCGCAGAUGUCAACGCUCAAGGCGGCUACUAUGGCAACGCUCUUUAUAUUGCAUCAGAAAAAGGCCACGACAAGAUCGUCCAGAUGCUUCUCGAUAAGGGCGGAGAUGUCAACGCUCAAGGCGGAGAGUAUGGCAACGCUCUUCAGGCUGCAUCAUUUAGAGGCGAUGACAACAUCGUCCAGAUGCUUCUCAACAAGGGCGGAGAUGUCAACGCUCAAGGCGGAGAGUAUGGCAACGCUCUUCAGGCUGCAUCAUUUAGAGGCGAUGACAACAUCGUCCAGAUGCUUCUCGAUAAGGGCGCAGAUGUCAACGCACAAGGCGGCGAGUAUGGCAACGCUCUUCAGGCUGCAUCAUUUAGGGGCCACGACAACGUCGUCAAGAUGCUUCUCAACAAGGGCGCAGAUGUUAACGCUCAAGGCGGAGAGUAUGGCAACGCUCUUCAGGCUGCAUCAUUUAGAGGCGAUGACAACAUCGUCCAGAUGCUUCUCAACAAGGGCGGAGAUGUCAACGCUCAAGGCGGAGAGUAUGGCAACGCUCUUCAGGCUGCAUCAUUUAGAGGCGAUGACAACAUCGUCCAGAUGCUUCUCGAUAAGGGCGCAGAUGUCAACGCACAAGGCGGCGAGUAUGGCAACGCUCUUCAGGCUGCAUCAUUUAGGGGCCACGACAACGUCGUCAAGAUGCUUCUCAACAAGGGCGCAGAUGUUAACGCACAAGGCGGAGAGUAUGGCAACGCUCUUCAGGCUGCAUCAUUUAGAGGCGAUGACAACAUCGUCCAGAUGCUUCUCAACAAGGGCGCAGAUGUCAACGCACAAGGCGGCGAGUAUGGCAACGCUAUUCAGGCUGCAUCAUUUAGGGGCCACGACAACGUCGUCAAGAUGCUUCUCAACAAGGGCGCAGAUGUCAACGCACAAGGCGGCGAGUAUGGCAACGCUCUUCAGGCUGCAUCAUUUAGAGGCGAUGACAACAUCGUCCAGAUGCUUCUCAACAAGGGCGCAGAUGUCAACGCACAAGGCGGCGAGUAUGGCAACGCUAUUCAGGCUGCAUCAUUUAGGGGCCACGACAACGUCGUCAAGAUGCUUCUCAACAAGGGCGCAGAUGUCAACGCACAAGGCGGCGAGUAUGGCAACGCUCUUCAGGCUGCAUCAUUUAGAGGCGAUGACAACAUCGUCCAGAUGCUUCUCAACAAGGGCGCAGAUGUCAACGCUCAAGGCGGCAAGUAUGGCAACGCUCUUCAGGCUGCAUCAUUUAGAGGCGAUGACAACAUCGUCCAGAUGCUUCUAUGGCAACGCUCUUUAGGCUGCAUCAUCCCAAGCCUAUGACAACAUAGUCCAGACGCUUCUUAUCAAGGUCGCUGAUGUCAAAGUACAAGGCGGCGAAUAUUGUAAAGCUCUUUAUAUUGCAUCAAUUGGAAGCUAAAACACCACCGUCCACAUGUGUCAAGUUGGGUUGCUGACGCAGGGUGGAAGCUUUCAGAGGCCAACUGCAGUUAGGGGUAGAAUGAUGAAUUACUGAAAUCUGCUCCUCCCUACUAG